AUGGCGGCAAGGCCUCUGUCACCUUCGCUCCCGGCCCCGAACCAAGUGCCGGCUACCGCCUGCGACAACCUCGAGACCGAGAACGCCACCACCGCCACUGCAGUCGAUGCGAAUUCCGCAAAGGAUGACAAUGGGCCCGCGUCAGUAGAAGUAGCAGCAGUUGAGGGAGGCAACGACGAAGAGGUCGUCGUUAAAACCGAAGAAGCGGAGACCAUGCUAGACACCUCCCGCACGAGGUCCGGAAAGAAAUUGACGGCCUCUAAACAGAAAGCCAAAAAGCAGAGGGCCAAAAAGAGCGCGGCGGUAACCGGUAAGGCGAAACUGUCGGUGGGCAAAGGACACCCGGCUGCCACCUCCUCUACAGCCGCCACCUCCGCCGCCAUCGUGCCAGCGCCCGAGGCCGCAGACCCACCGACGACCACGACACGGGCGGUCAGCGACACGCGCAAGCGCCGCCGUGUCUCUACCGACGUAGACGGGACAACAGCGCAGACCAGCACCAUACCUCGCAUCCAGGACCCAGUCGUCGCUCCAACACUCCCUGUGACACCCACCCAACGCGCCGGCGCUGCGGUGAUCUCGAUCUCGUCUUCGCCGAUCGUUGAUGACCUCCACGACCCACCAGCGGCUACGACGUCCGACAUGGAGAUGGACGACGUCGUCAUGCUCGAAGGCGACGAAAUCCCGCUCUCCACGGGGCAAAUCCGUAUGUUCUAUGGCUUGCACCCUACCUACACCGCUGAUGAGUACCGUCCGCGUCCCAUCUUCGCUGCACCGGGAUGUCUAUCAGGACCUGGCGUCCCCGGUGCACAACCACCGCGCGUGCGUCAAGCUCCGGGUGCAACCUAUAUGGUCCAACGCUUUCUGGAGGAGCAAUCGCAGCAGGAGACGAGUCCGUACGUCUUGGUCCGCGAGGACUUCGCAGGAGGAAACAUUGAGGACUUAUACACUCCGGCGACAUCCCCCCGUCUCGCCUACGCCAAAAUACCGGUUGGACCGCCUCCCUCUCGGGAACCGUCAGCUGCGUUCAACCUCAGCGCCGACAUGAACCCCUUCCUCGGCAGACAGGGAGACCCGCUCUCCCCAGCACUCUACACGCCCAAGGUUCACAACGCGCCUCUCUCCUCUCUUGAUAAAGGAAAGGCCCCGCAACGUAAUGCGACGGCCGGACCGUCGAACGCAUCCCGAGACGUCGAUCCCGCUACGUACCAGCGCCCUCCUCCUAUCGUCCCGCCCACUUUUUCCCACCCACACCCGGUACACUACGCUCCUGGCCCUUUCCCUAACUUCCCACCUGCACCUGUCACGCCUAUUUUCCCCACUGAGCCUACCAUACAUCACUUCCUUCCCAUCCCGCCCACUGAGCCCGCUAUUCCCGCCGAACCCGCCUUCCCGACAGGUCCUAUCGCACCGCUUCCACAGGCGCACGGUUUCUCCGCCCCAGGUGCGAUGACGCGGCCCCCGCCUGGCGGAUGGCUACCGCUCCAAGGCGAUGACUUCUUCUGGCCUUACGGAAACAUGGAGCCGAGCCAACUAGCUGUAUGGACGACUGAUCCCGAGCCAUGCGUUCUCCUCCACUUCCUGGGCCGCAGCGGGAACGACCCCGGGAACCACGGACGCGUCACCAUGGCGCAUACGAUCCUCAGGAAAGUCUACGACAUCCGAUCUGCCUCGAUCACGCAGCCCAUCGCUGCGAACCCCCAACCUGCACCGAAUGCGUACCCAACUUUCUACCGCGUCAGUGACAUAACAAUUCCGCAGCGCGACGCUCUACUCCGAGACCAGUGGAUCUCCACAACGGACGGCACCAUCGGCAUAAUCGCAGCCCCCCAUGAGCCUCCUACGUUCAUGGGAGGAUUCCGCUAUCCGGGACGACUGGCGCGCACGUCUUCAAACGAGGACAUCGCAAGAGGCUUCCAAGACGGCUUCGAGUCUGAGGACCUCGGGCCAUACAUCACCGCGCUGUGGUGA